GUAAAUCCAAGAUGGGAUUUACUAAAAUCAAAGGCCUAAAAGAAAAUCACAAAGAUGUUGUGAUCUUCUACAUCAGUUAAAUAACAAAUUGCGAUAUCUAUAAUAAUGUUUUUUUGGUGACCUCUUUCCAUCUGAUCCUGAAACUAGAUGACGCCACCUUCAUUUUCGUGCUGAAUUCUUUUACCCUCGACCCCAAAAACAAAAUAACUCAAUCAAAGAGAUCCUUAUAAAAUAAAGAAAUACAUACGGCUUCAUCAACCACGGCUCUGGUGCUUUACGCAAUCGUCAAUUCAGUGCUGCAUUAAGCCAUGAAAUUGGGUUGGACAAGUUUCAUUUUUUUCUUUGUUCCCUUCGGUUUUGAGUUGGUAGAGCUGACUAGAUGGCUUGCUAUUGCAUCGUAAGGGACAAUUUUUGAAUUUCCCCGUCUGGCUCCUUCGCAUUUCAGGAUAUUCCUUUUUUCAGUCAUCAGCGCUUUGGAAUCUGAGUGGCUUUAUUCUGGCUAUGGAUUAUUUGCGCUGAAAAUGCAUUGCGGGGCAGAUUGGGGAAUGGGAUUGUAGUUAGAUAUGUUUUUGCCGAGAGAUAUGGAUUUUCCAAGUAAUCCUCAGCCCGAAUUGGGAAAAUUGGAACAAAUCGUUUACCAAUUCCUAUUAAAGAGUUUACACAUCAUUCUGGACUCGAGGGUUUCUUCUCUUCAUCCACGUGAUCGGAGUGGGGACCUGUCAUCGGCUUCUCGGGUGAGAAAAAGUGACAAAUGGUUCAACUUAGUUCUAGGUGACCGCCCUGCAGCUCUGGAUAACUUGAGUUUCUGGCACAGAAAUCUGAUGGAUCCAAUGAUAAUUGAUGUAAUACUUGUUCGUGAAGGGUCUAAUUUAGUGGGAGUAUCUGCUGAGACGGUUAUUGAGAGGUGGGUCGUCCAGUAUGAAUAUCCACGAGUUGUGGCUGCUCAAACUGGUGAAAAUUCUACCUUGUACAAGAAAACAUACAAGAGGUCAAUAAUACUUUUACGGGCUCUUUAUACACAUAUGAGGCUUCUCCCAGCAUAUAAGAUAUUUCGACAGCUGAGUACAUCAAGCCAGACUUAUAAUUUCGAUAUCAUUUACAAGGUGUCUUCAUUUAGUGAUCCAUUCUCAAGGGCGGAUGAGGAAAUGAUGGAGGAAUACAGUUUCACUCCUGUAGAGGCCUUCCCUGGCCGCCUUUGCAUAUCUGUGACUUACCGUUCUACACUGACUGAGUUCAAACUUGAGCCUUCAACCUCAUUGCCACCGAGGAUUAUUACAGAUUAUGUUGGUAGCCCCGACACCGACCCUCUGAGGUCUUUUCCCUCUUCAGAGAAGGGUGUUCACGGUAUUUCAUUUCCAUUGAGACCAGUACGAGCUCCAUCUUCGGUGCCACUUCAACGCCCACACAGCUGGACAAGUGGCUUCCACAGAGCAACUUUUUCUGCACAGAAUCAACCUAUUGUCGGAUCUCCACCUGCAUAUCGCCCAUCUGCUUUGCCAUAUGAUUAUUCAUCUCCACCUGCGGAUAUGUAUAGUAACAGAGCUCAACACUAUAGAAUGCCAAUCCAUCAGAGGGCCAUCAGCUAUGAUGAUUAUCAGCUUUCACCCCCAUUCUCUCCAUCUCCAUCCCCAUCUUCUCCAUCAUACAUCUCCAGUGGAAAUCCUAUGCACACACUUAUGCGCCCAGAAACUGCUCCUGUAAGUAUACCAUUUCCAAUGACGAGCAGAAGUUCUAGAUUCCUUUCUCCCAAUUCUUUUGAUCCAAAUAGAAGUUCCCUUCCACCUUUAUCUCUAAGAAGCAGAAAGACUGAGCCUUCAUCACAAGAGUCUCCAUGUGGAACUGCAUCUUUUAGGAAAAUAGAGGCUUUAAGGUCUGGAGAAAUGCAGAAUCAUUAUGCUGGCCAGAAGAUGAUCAGAGAUAGCAGAGAUGAUUCGGGGCGGUUCUCAGGGUUACUAUCUUCCAGUGGCUCACCCCGUAUUGGAUUUUCUAGAAGCUCAAGCAGAUUAUCUUUCCAGGAUGACUUGGAUGAUAAUGACUUUUCUUGUCCUUUUGAUGUUGAUGAUGUUGACACAUUGGAUUUUGAAGCCAGAAAAUCACAAGAUGCUGCUGUUGGCGUUCUCGUUCACACGCUGAGAACAGCACCUCCUCUUCGCCAAGAUCCAAGUUGUUACUCAUCCCACUCAAUGAAGAUUGAACUUGAGGGUGGAGUCACUUCAGCUUCUGGAUUAUUUAUGCCUCGGAAGACAGCUGAUGCCCUUGAAGAGCUCAGGAGUUACGGAGAAAUGAAAGACCUACUUCUGUCUAAGAGUGGAGCUCUGGUGUUUAGCAAAGAUGAAACUUGAGCUUGCUGCUUUGAUGGGCUGGUCUUUGUUUAUACUCAGAAAUAUAGCUACUAAGAGGAAAGAGAUGACAGGGUUGCUGGCAGUGAUUAUGAAUGGAAGGACAACCACCGGUCCAAUGUAACAGAAACUUCAGGAGCAGCAGAUUGUGUACAUAUCAUGACUGAAAAUAGUCACUGGAUUCAUGAACAUGUUCAAUAAUUUCAGGAUCGUUACCAUGUUUGAAAUGUUUAUAGCUAAAAGCUCCAGAUCUAGUUUGCUGCAGCCAGCAAAUUAUGUCAACUUUUCACGACUUAAAGAAGGAUAAAAACCGAGGGAAUGUCACUAAAGCUUUUCUUACA